AUGUUCUACGCCGAUCCUGUGAACCCCUUCCAGGUUGAAUACUACGGAAGUCAUGCUGAGUGGCUCAACGAGCUUAUCGAGCGAAACGAGCUUACCGAGUUCCAACUUCACGAGUAUCCUGCGAUCAAACAGCUGAGGAAUUUCCCGGUGUCUAGGUCUCUCGCUGAGGACCACAGGCAAACCGCAUUCUUCGGGGUGCCGCCGAUCAAGUGUACCGCAGCUGACACAUCGCCGAAGGAAGUGGAAUUGUUCAAGAAGAGCGUGCGCGGAACGAUUCAAGGCGCCAUUCGCUUGGACAUUUCCAUUGAGAGGCUUGUUGCCGGUAUCACUGGCAAGGAGGCUCGAUGCGGCGUGGAGGAGUUCUUCAAUUCACAAUCGAUCGCCUGUGCAACCACGAUUGUCAAGCACUUCGGAGCGGUCUUCGCCACAUGCCGCGAAAAGCCGCUGUGCUACUAUGCACGAUGGUCGAUCCACUGCCAACGCGCAUACCGAGUCUGCUCGUCGCGUGGAUAUCUCUCCCCCUUGUACACAGGGGGGACGAUCGAGUACACCGUCGAUCCAGAUAUGGCCGAGAAAAUCCGACUUGCGCACCUGCCCUUGCAGAACGCCAAUCUGACGAUGAGACGGCUAAUUCGACUCUCCACCGAGUUUGAUACAUUGGAUGAGUUCCGUGCCACUAUCACGGAUACGCAAAAGUAUCAGCGAUACAUGCGUGUCGAUAGUGAGAGCCUUUCCGCGCUCCUGGCCAAGGUUGCCCUGACGACGUGCUACGGCAUUCCGAUAAAAGGUGAGCCUGGCUACAUCUCCGACGAUGAAGCAGAGGAGAUCGAAGGAACCGCGGCGGCAACUGAGAAGCCCAAAGGGAAGGGCAAAGGGGAAGACGAACCCAACGUCCAAGCCAUCAACUGGCGUGAUUUGGACCCCUUGGGACGGAAGUUCAUUCCGCACCAUACUGACCCCCGAUUCACGAUUAUCGCAGAGGGGAAUACCGCACUCUUUGACGCCCCUGAUACGCCCGACGAGACGCGUAAGGAAUUCAAGGAGUUUGUUCGCGAUCACGCUCACAAGAUAAAGGAGUGUUUCGACGAAGAUCGCGCAACUGAGAAGACAUUCUUCGCUCUUGUUGAAGAAGUGAAGGGUCAGCUCCCCGAUGCUAAGAGCACUGACCCGAUUCUGAUGAAAAGGGAUGAAGAUGUCUUCGAGGCUCUACCCGAUGAACUGGAGGAGCCUCACAGGUUGUUCGAUGUUGCAGCUCGACAGGCACAACGGCGUGAUGAUACGCCUCAGCGCAGAGUGCAGGUCACCGAGCAAAGACAAGCGUCGAUUCCCGAGGCUCAUACCGUUCCCGUUCCUCCAGAUGAAGAGGAUGAGGAUGAUAGUGAGCUAGAACGGGUGAUCCGACCCGGUCCGACAUCACAACGCCCUGGACGAGAGCAUCUCGGAGGCGUCGCUCCUGAGACGACUCCGCCCCCGCCUCGCGAAAUGCCGCCGCCAUCGAAUCUGCCGGCUCGAAAGUCGCAGCGGCAAUCGGGCUACAGCGCUGCUCACCCUGAUGGAGAAGCACUGAGGGUGUCGGGGAGGGCACAAUACUCCGAUCAGAUGAAGUUGCCCCUGGUGCUGCGAAUGAAGACUCGGGUUCCGGAACCAGAUCUGGAUAACCCAACGAUCGAAGACAUCAUUCGCAUGUACCAUGCGCCGAACACGCUUUCCAUCAUCAGGAAGAAGGCCACCAGUGUCAUUAUCGCGAUGAACGCGAAUCCCGAUGACGAUGUCAAUACCCUGAGGGUCGCGGGGGUGUCCAUAGGAGAUCCCCGGGUCUUCAUAGGGAGAACCCUGGGGCCUACCAUGCCACCAGGGACUUUGAGCCAGCGGAGCCGCAUGGAUUCAGAGGCAGAAUUGUCUGCUCGCUUUGCUGCUCUGGAAUCUUUCUUCCAAAGUGUCAUUGACGCUCGUUGUUCUGUUUUGGAGCAGCGACUAGCUGCAGUGGAGAUCACGAACCAGGACGAUCGUUGUUCUGUUUUGGAGCAGCGACUAGCUGCAGUGGAGAUCACGAACCAGGCUGUGCUGAAUUCUUUGCGGCACGUGUCUGGCGAGGUCGAAAACCUCGAGAAUCGUUUUGCGGUUUUUGAGUUUGCCAACGGCCCCGUUAGUGAGGACGACUUUGCUGCUUUCAGGCAGGAACUUCACGAGGCCCUGAAUCAGCUUCGUCAGCAGGUGGACCGUGCUGUGUCUGCUGUGCAAGCACAGCAUUCGUCUGCCAGGGGAGAGUCCGAUUGA